AUGACUCAGAGAAUGGAAAAAUAUGAUUUUUUGCAAAAAGAUAUGGAUGGAUCUUCUUCAGCAAUAAAUUCAACAGCUAAUGAUGAUUUUGCUUUAGUUGCCAUGAAUGAAGAUCUUGAUAAGCCAAGAAUUAGAGGAGUUGCAUUUAAAUUUAUGGAAUAUUAUAAACAAGAAUUGGAUGAAAAACAGAAUAUGCCUUGA